CUUUGUUAGAUGUGACCGAAGUCCGUGUAUUCCCGUCAUUCGAUUAUCAUCUAGUUGACGGUCAGGAUGUGUAUUUAAGGAUCACUGUCAUGACUUGUGUUCAAGUCGACGCAUUCAUUUAACCACAGGCUCUUUCCACACAUAGCCUCCUGGCUCAUGAGAGCGCCAUGCCCUACGACCAAAGAAGUAUACGAAAUUACUUCCUUUCCCGCCAAACCAAGUCAUCCCAGACGCCUACGGGGAACUCGGCUUCACCUCAGGAGCCGAUCGAUAACAGAGGCGUCAGCGCAACCGGCAGCGGUCGGGACAGCGCUCCCGAGCUGGUUGGUGCAAACCGGCCAUCUCCAGAUGGUGAUGUUCCACCAGCCAGCGAACUAAGCCAGUCGUCUUUCCACCGGUCAGAUCAGGAAUCUGAUGGCUUAGGGCAGAAGAGCACUGCUCUCAACUCCGUCCCGAUAGACCUCUGGCAUGAAGAGGUCUGUGGUCGUGGCCAGUCCACGCCGAAGCGUCCUACAACGCCGGUGACCAAGGUCUCUGAUCUUGCUGGCAUAUCGACUCCCACACGAGCUUUGUUCGGUGUAGCCAAACAUGAGAUAAGCACCGGCAAACGUAAUGCAGACGUCGCUUUUCUUUCACCCAAGAAAGACAGGACCAAGUCUGCCAGGCUAGACGCAACGUCAUGUGCCCUGUUCGGGUCGCCAACGCCGCCGCCUCCUCUUUCCAAGCUUCCCUCCUCCUCUCUCCCACCAUCCUCUCCAUCAGUUUCAGAGAAUGCGAGGCCGUCUUUUACUCGUGACAUGGAAAUCAAGGGUUCAGACGAUGAAGAUGACGAUGCCGCCUCCGACUCUUCCUUCCCUGAACUUGAGCUGCUUUCGAAACCGAACCCCCUACCCAAGCCGUCGUCUGAGCCCUGGGCUCCGUUCGCUACCCCAAAAUCGCGAAGGAAGACGGGAAGAGUCCACCAAUCACCACUAACAAUUCAUCCCAAGCCCAUGUUUAAUAUGAAGACGUUACUUGAGCAUCAACGCAAAGAGGAUGCGAUCCUAGCCAGCUUCGAAAGGCUCGAGGAGGCCGAAGCCAAGGCUAGGGAAGAAGCGGCUGAGACGGAAACGGACCACGCCGACUUUAAACCCAGUCCUAACACAGCUCGACGAAGAUUCAUCAGCGUCGCCGGUCUCAAAGAUGACGAGGUGGCGGGGAAGGCGUUGCGGGCCAUGGAACGUACCGAAGCCGCAAGCGCGGUGAAGAACCGUUGGUACUUCUUUAAUCCUCAUUGUGCGCCGGCAGACACAUCCGAGCCUUUCCCUCGCAAGGCCGCGAAGGGCCUCUGGGGCGUCCUGGCCGUGGACGGAACGCGAGCCCUGCACCUUCGGUCGUCUUUGUUCAAAGACAUUGCCCGCAGGGUUGAACUCCCCGACGAGAUCCUUCUCUGGGCUUUGCAUUCCAUACAUUCUGAAAAGUCUCUACAGCUUCGACAGGAGUACUGCAAUCUGGUCAGCAACGUUUCCGAAGGUCAGAUCAGGCGACUGGCCACCCCGGAAUUAUUGCAGCAGCUGUUCCAACGUAUAGGGGCGAAUCCUCGCAUUGACGAUCGAAAGCUUCAGCCGGUGAGGCAAGUCGAGAGACCCUACGAAGACAGAGACUGGGCAGCAUUGCGCCUGUAUCUUGAUUGGAUCUACAAUAUAUCGCCCUAUCUUGAGCCAGAGUCUCUUACCUACGCCGCUAUAACUCUUCUUCGCAUGGCCGUUGACGAGACACUUCUCGCCAAUCCCGAUGUCCGAGUCGACCACCAAUAUGCGCUUCUUGGCCUUGUCAAAGCUGUCGACGCUGCGUCUUGGAACAAGUUUUGCGAAGAUGUCUCCAAUUCCUUGUUUUCCGCUUUUGAACAAAGCGUUUUCCGUUUGUUGCCUCUUCUAUCCAUGAGCGGGGCUGACGCGAGGCUCCGUCAGCUGCGACAAAGGCUGGCGGCUGUAUUUUUCUUCGACAACGCGUCGCUUGCCGGAGAACACCCCGAUUCCGAUAUCAUCAUUCGGGAGGCUGCCGAGCGUCUUAAGAAGGGCGACUAUCAGAUCAACCGCAAGACGGACUACGGAGAGCUCAAGGCGCGAGUCCAGCUGCUCGACAUUGCCCUCGGGGACGGCGCAUUCACGCCGCAUGAAAGCGAUGCCGAUCACGAGAUCAAGUUCAACGCCGACGUGGACAAUCUUGCCCAGCAACUGAAGAGUCUCUGGGUCAGCAUCAAAGACUCGGGCGCCGUUUACCUCUCCCGGACCGAAGCUAAAAGUGCUAUCGACAGUGCUCAGAAACGACUCACGUACCAGAUCCGAACCCAACCCCCGCCCAAAGAGAGCAUCUUCGACUUGCCCGGGCAUAGGGAACAGGAGGUGGUGACGCAAAGGCAAAAGGACUUCAUGGAUAAAUUCAUCGGAAACCUCAAGAAACCCAAAGCGGGCAGAAUAGAGGCUCGAUCACGUCAAGAUGGCAUCGCAACUAGUGAUGACGAAGCGGCGGGCAAAGACGAAACUUUCAUGACUGCCCUAGACGUCUGAGUUGGACCCCUAGGCCUUGUUUCAAAGGGAAGACAUUAUAUGGUAUAUAUGGGUAAAUGGUAAUGAUAAUGACUUGGUUUAGCCUGGCUACGAACAUGGUCUGUGAUGAUCAUACAACAUCUUAAGGUACAGAAGCAGGCCUUUCUACCCAUGUAGCUCCGGAUCUUCAAAAGAUCUUCAAAAAAAAAAUGGCAG